UUUUUGAGGGUUAUACUUUUAACAAUUGUCCAAGGAAGUGUCUUCUUGACAACACUGGAAAUUUGAGUAUCAAUACAUUUCUAUUCGUCGGCUAGAAGGAUGAGUAGCACAAACGGUACCGAUAGUAUGUUUAUUGGCUCCAUGUUCAGAGGCUUCGACCACGUUCACUUUUGGGUCGGUAACGCACUACAAGCUGCUUCUUUUUACAUUACAAGGUUUGGUUUUGAGCCUUGCUGUUUCAAGAGUUUGGAGACCGGCAGUAGACAAGUUAUGACACAAGUGGUCAAGCAUGACAAAAUAAUGUUCGCUUUUUCUAGUUCUUUAGAACCAGUAGAACAUGAUAUUGGGAAAUUUGUACAAAUGCACGGAGAUGGUGUAAAGGACUUGGCUUUCGAGGUUGAUGACUGUGAGACAGCAUUUCAGGAAGUCGUGAAACGAGGUGCUAAAGUUAUUCAGAAACCUCAGAAAUUAUCGGAUGAAAAUGGAGAAGUUGUUGUAGCAACUAUUUAUGCAGGUUAUGGAGAUAUGCACCACAGUUUGAUAGAACGCAAAAACUACAAAGGGCCAUUCUUACCUGGAUACAAAGAGCUCACUGUUGACCCACUAGUUUCAGCUCUUCCGAGGCCUUCUCUUCAAGUAAUUGAUCAUUGUGUCAGCAAUCAGCCUGAUGGUGAGAUGGAACGUGUGGUUGAGUGGUACACCAGUACACUCGGAUUUCAUCGUUUCUGGUCAGUGGAUGACAAGCAGAUACAUACAGAAUAUUCAGCUUUACGUUCCAUCGUAGUAACUGACUCUAAAGAAAGAAUCAAGAUGCCAGUGAAUGAACCUGCGCCUGGGAAGAAAAAGAGCCAAAUUCAGGAGUUUGUCGAUUAUUAUGGAGGUCCAGGCAUUCAGCAUAUUGCGCUUCAUACUAUGGAUAUUAUUGGUGCUAUUACAUCACUGCGUGAACGAGGUGUCAGUUUCAUUUCAGUUCCGAAGACAUACUAUGAAGAUUUGAAGAGUAGGCUUGCUAAUGCAUCUAUAAAAGUCAAAGAAGACUUGGAGAAGAUUGAGAAAUUGGGCAUCCUGGUUGACUUUGAUGAUCGAGGAUAUUUACUGCAAAUCUUUACUCGGCCUCUUCAAGAUCGUCCAACAUUCUUCAUCGAGAUCAUUCAGCGUCAUAAUCACGCUGGUUUCGGUGCUGGCAACUUUAAGAGUUUGUUUGAAGCUAUUGAAAGGGAUCAGGCCCUAAGAGGCAAUCUGUAGGCUGUUGCUUUUCUAUGUUGAUUGAUUUAAUAAAUAUAUAUGUGUGUGCUGGAUACUUGAAUUUUUCGUAAUCAUAACUUUCUAUUACCAGAAUAACCACUGAGGCUCAAUGCACCCGUUCCGUAGCCACUGAAAAUAUAGAUCCAUCGAAACUU